AUGAACAACGGCCUGGACAGCUCGGAGGCGUCGUCUUCCUCCCACUCGCCUCCAGAUCGACCGCACACGCCUCACCGCGACGACGAGCACGAUUUGAGCCCACCCCAUGCGAACAGCGAUGAAGACCUCGACGAAGAGCCGCAGCAUCACGAUCUUUCCGCCCCUAUAACCUUCAAGCGCAAGCAAAAGCGCACCCUCUUCGACUUCGCACAGAGCAGGCUGUUCACGACUUUCACCGGAUCAAGUCCAGGCAAUGGGGCGCCGGCCAAUGGACACACCCCAUUGGAGAAUCUAGGCGGCUCACCACUGCGGCGGCGGGGAGGUGCAAAUGGAAACGCAGCCUCCAAGGAUGGAGGGCCACUAGACUGGUAUGUCGAGGGCCCAGGGCAAAGAGUAGGAUAUGAGGAUCUCACAGCCAUCGACUGGAUUUUCGAAUACACAAAGGAGCGCACGCGUCUACGGGUUCUUCGCAGCAGUGCCAAAGGUCUCUUGGGCAAGACACAACUGGCUCUUGACACCGCCCAAGAGUGGAUGAUAUUAGUCUUGACCGGCAUACUCGUUGGAACUCUAGCAGCUAUCAUCGACAUCACCACAGACUGGCUCAGUGACCUCAAGGCCGGCUAUUGCACUCAGAAAGACGGAGGUACAUUCUAUCUGAACAAGUCGUUCUGCUGCAUGGGUUACGACGAUGGCGCCCAGUGCCUGGGUUGGCGCCCAUGGGCUACAGCAUUGCACGUAUCAUCGGCGGCAGGAGGCUGGAUUAUAGAGUAUAUUUCCUUCAUUGUCUUCUCGGUCUUUUUCGCUUUUUGUGCCAGCAUUUUGGUGAAGGAGUAUGCUAUUCACGCGAAGCACAGUGGUAUACCCGAAAUCAAGACUGUGCUUGGAGGUUUCAUCAUCAGGAGGUUCCUGGGCACUUGGACCUUGAUAACGAAGUCUCUUGGACUGUGUCUGUCGGUGGCAUCUGGUAUGUGGUUAGGAAAAGAAGGCCCACUUGUACAUGUUGCAUGCUGUUGUGCAAAUCUCUUCAUCAAGCUCUUCCCCGUCAUCAAUGAGAACGAAGCGCGAAAAAGAGAGGUUCUUUCUGCCGCGGCCGCCUCUGGAAUUUCUGUGGCCUUCGGUUCCCCCAUAGGUGGAGUGUUGUUCAGUCUCGAGCAAAUUUCAUAUUACUUUCCGGACAAGACCAUGUGGAAGAGCUUCGUGUGUGCCAGUGUUGGUGCCGUCAUCCUGAGAGCGUUCGACCCGUUUCGAAGCGGUGAGACUGCACUCUAUCAUGUCAAAUACGACACCGAAUGGCACUCAUUUGAAUUUGGGCCUUUCGUCCUCAUGGGGAUUAUAGGAGGUGUUUAUGGAGGAUCCUUUAUUAAGCUGAACAUGAAGAUAGCUCAGUGGAGGAAAACCUCCAAUUUGGUCCCUGGCGCUGUCACGCAGGUUGUCGCCGUGGCCAUCUUAACCGCUCUAGUCAACUAUCCCAACCUCUACAUGCGCGCACAGUCGUCAGAGCUCGUAGCAAACCUCUUUGCAGAGUGCGCAAGACUCGGCAACGACGAUCAGUUUGGCCUCUGCAAGACUGGUGCCGCAUCAGCAGGUACUAUCGUGCUCCUGCUUUUCGCCGCAGUCCUGGGCUUCUUCCUCGCAGCAAUCACCUUCGGCCUACAGAUUCCCGCCGGUAUCAUUCUACCGUCCAUGGCGAUCGGUGCACUGUCAGGCCGCGCGGUCGGCAUUAUCAUGGAGAUCUGGGUGCACGACCAUCCGAAAUUCUACCCUUUCAGCCGCCAGUGCGCCCCUGACGUCCCGUGUAUCAACCCUGGCACCUAUGCCAUCAUCGGCGCAGCUGCAACCCUCGCUGGUGUGACGCGCAUGACUGUCUCUAUCGUGGUAAUCAUGUUCGAGCUGACGGGUGCACUCACAUACGUGCUGCCCAUCAUGAUCGCUGUCAUGAUCUCCAAGUGGACAGGAGACGCCAUCUCGCGGCGCGGCAUCUACGAGUCCUGGAUCCAUCUCAACGAGUACCCUUUCCUCGACAACAGCGACGAUAACCUCAUGAACAUCCCAGACAUCCCCUCCGCCCAGAUCAUGACUCGCAUCGAGGACCUGGUCGUUCUCACCGCGACAGGCCACACUAUCGCCUCGCUCAGCGCCAUCCUCGACGCGCACGCCUACCGCGGCUUCCCCGUCAUAAGUGAUCCCCGCGAGGCCGUGCUGCUGGGCUACAUCUCGCGCGCAGAGCUGAGCUACAACCUCCACACGGCCGCACGCACCCUCCCGCCCGAGACCGAGGCCUUCUUCUCGCACCAGGCCCUCGCGGACCCCCGCACCACUCUCGACCUCAGGCCCUGGAUGGACCGGACCCCGAUCACCCUGCCCUCGCUGUCCAGCCUGCACCUCGCCGUGAGCUACUUCCAGAAGCUCGGCCUGCGCUACGUGCUCUUCAGCGAUAGGGGUGUGCUGCAGGGCCUCCUGACCAAGAAAGACGUCUGGUAUGUGCUCAAUGGUGCCGAAGAGACUAGGCGGACCACGGGGACGGCGGGUAACCUGGGCAUUGAGACGGGAAUCAUGAGGGAGGAUGGCGAGGGGGAACAGAGGGGCCUGCUAAGCGCUGGGAGGAGGGGUGGUGGUGAUAUGGCGGCUGACGAGGAGCCGAGCCCGAGUGCGGAGGUGGACUCGAUUCUAUAAGAGAGAAGAAGCUGCUGUGGGGUGCACGUUCUUGUUGCAGGCGAGUAUAUUAGCAUAGACAUACUAAGGCAUUGCCCGAAAUUUCUUC